GUUCUCAUUCCCCUCCUCCCCUUUUGUGUUUCCUCAAAUUUCUAUUAGCAUGCAGAUGGCAACAGGGCAUCCAUCUUCUCGAGUUCUGUAUAUCCAUAUAUCUCCUCAAGUUUUGUUACUUUCUCAUUGAGUGUUUUCUGUUGAUCUCCUCGAGUUGUGUAACCACCCCCUUGAGUUUUGUUUCCCAGUCCAUAAGUAUUUUGUUCGUCUCCUCCUAGAUUGUUUUCAUCUCUUUUCUGCUUGGGCUGAAGCCUUAGCUCUGAAACCUGCAAUCUAACUGGUAAUGUGAGUAUCACUACUCAUUUGAGAAUUCUGGGCAAGUUCCAGUGUCAAUGCCUCUUCCUCUUCUUCUGUUAAGAACAUAUGAGUUCUUCCCAUAUAAGCUAUCAUAUUAGGUACAUUCACCUCAAACACCAAACUGGCAUCAUCAUCAGGGUGUUUCACCAAACUGGCAUAAUCAUCAUCAGGGCAAGUUCCAGUCAGUGAGCCUGCUAUUCCACCCAAGUUCGAAUCUCCAUCCUCAUAAACUAUCGCUUGUAUUAGAAAUUUUUUAUUUAUAUAUAUAUAUAUAUAUAGGCCACGUUGAGUCUCCCAAAGAAGACGUGCCCAAACAAAGCUGGGUAGGCAAAUUAUAUUUUCAACAAAACUAUCAGAACUCAUGUGUCAAAAUUGAUGUCCUAACUUAAAAGUUAUGUUCUUUCAUUUCCAUUUGCUUCACUUGGACCUCUCCAAGGUUUAUUUAUCUUUAUCAAGAACCAAGCAGUUGCAUGCUUUGAUUCUCAAGACCCAUCUCUCCCACGACCCAUUUUAUGCAACUAGAAUCGUUAGAUUCUAUGCAGUCAAUGGUGACCUUCACUCUGCUUGUAAGCUGUUCGAUGAAAGUCCCAGCCAAAGCGUCUACCUUUGGAACUCCAUUAUUCGAGCCCACGCUCAAGCCCACAAAUUUGAGGAAGCAUUUUCUCUGUUUACUAAGAUGCUUAGAACCGAAAUCAAACCUGAUAACUUCACUUAUGCUUGCAUUAUACGUGCAUGCUCUGAGAGCUUUUAUUUGGAAGGACUGAAGCUUGUCCAUUGUGGAGUAACAGUUUCAGGGUUAGGAUUGGACUCUAUCUGUAGCAGUGCACUUGUUACAGCUUAUUCAAAACUCGGCCUUGUUGAUGAAGCAAGUAGGGUGUUUUAUGGGACACCACAGCAGGAUUUGGUUUUGUGGAAUUCUAUAAUUUCAGGUUAUGGAAACUGUGGGCGUUGGGACAAAGGGUUGCAACUAUUUAGUGAGAUGAGAAGCAUAGAGAUGAUGCCGGAUGGAUACACAAUUGUUGGGUUGCUUUCGGGUUUAUCGGAUUCCAGCUUGAUAACUAUUGGCCAAGGACUACAUGGUCUUUGUUUGAAAUGUAAUUUAGAUUCUAAUGCUCAUGUAAGCAGUGUACUUGUGAGCAUGUAUUCAAGAUGCAUGUGUAUGAACUCUGCACAUAGAGUUUUUAGUGGUUUGUUCCAGCCAGAUUUAGUUACAUGGUCUGCUUUGAUAACUGGGUAUUCACAGUCUGGGGAUUAUGGCAAGGCAUUGUUCUUCUUCAAGAAUUUGAACAUGGAAGGUAAGAAGGCUGAUUCCAUUUUGAUUGCCAGUGUGUUGGCUGCUGCUGCUCAGAUAGCAAAUGUAGGGCCUGGCUGUGAGAUACACGCUUAUGUUCUUCGACAUGGACUUGAAUCUCAUGUCAUGAUUUCCUCUGCUCUCAUAGUCAUGUAUUCAAAGUGCGGUUUCUUGGGCAUGGGGACUCGUGUGUUUGAGAUCAUGCCAGAAAAGAAUAUUAUUUCCUACAAUUCAUUAAUAUUGGGUCUUGGUUUGCAUGGUCUUGCUUCUGAGGCCUUUAGAAUGUUUGAUGAGAUACUGAGAAACGGGUUAAAACCUGAUGAAUAUACUUUUACUGCUCUCCUUGGUGCAUGCUGCCAUGCUGGCCUUGUCAAAGAUGGCCGUGAAAUUUUCAGAAGAAUGAAGGAUGAGUUUUGCAUUCAACCUAGAACAGAGCAUUAUGUUCAUAUGGUAAAACUUCUUGGGAUGGAAGGAGGGUUGGAAGAGGCUUACAAUCUAAUCUUGUCCUUGCCAGAACCAGUGGACUGCGGCAUUUGGGGAGCCCUGUUAUUGUGCUGCGAUGUCUGUGGAAAUUCUGAGCUGGCAGAAAUUGUAGCCCAGAGGCUCUUUGAGAGUAGUUCUGAGAAAGGUGCUUAUAGAGUCAUGCUUUCUAAUAUAUAUGCUGGCGAUGGGAGGUGGGAUGAUGCAAAGAAGUUGAGAGAUCACAUAACAGAAGGCAAACUGAGGAAGAUAACGGGGCUUAGCUGGAUUAAAGGUUUUAGCCGUUCCGCAUGAUCAUCCAGUAAAGGCAACAAGUCUAACUGCUGCAGUGUGGUGACAAACUGCAAACCUUCAGGUAAGAUCCUCGGCCACACGCAGACAACUGUGCAAGUGGAGGAAUUUCAAGCUAGGUAGUGCUCCCUCUUCAAGUUGCGUCCAGUCCUCAAGAAUAUGAGAAGCAAAGCUGAGAACCUCGAGCUUGGGAAACCCACCAGCACUACAGAACUCUUUCCCCAUUCAUUUUGCAUCAUAAGCGUUCCAAAGGGUCAGAUUUUUCAAGUUGGGCAGCAGAUGAAUUACCAGUUACGAGUUCUCAGACAUAUGAGAGUUGCCUAAUCUUAAAGUUGUAAGCCUUUCCAAGGAACCAAAUGAAGUAGGUAGCUUUUCUAGGACACCUUCCAGGCGAAGCUUUUGAAGAAAUGGUGGCGGUGAGAAUGAAUCCAGGAGGAUAAUCCCUUGUCGAAGGCGUGUUUAGCUUCUAGAGACAAGGAAAGAA